GUGAGAUCGGAGUAGGGCGUGGAGUAUGUGUGGCGGUAGGCCCGUGCGUUUGCGGGUGCUUGGGGUGCCGCGCGCAGCGGGCACGCCGUCGUGGCCUCCAUCGAAUUCCAAGCAAAUCAAACGACGUUAACGCCAUUGACGUCAUGUGGUCGUCAGAGUGAACAAACUGCUGGCUGAACAAGUGACCAUUCCACGUUUCUUGGGAUCGCCCACGAACCGCGGCCGCGGCCGCGUCGGGACCUCCAACAGUCGAUACGCAGGUGACCCUGCCCUAGGACGACCUCAAGGAUGUCCGGUUCGAGGCCGCGCAGGAGUCCGACGGGGAAGCCCUCGAGCUGAGGGCACCGACCUCGCGGGAGCCUUCUAGGGCCCAGAGUGAUGACGACGCCGUGGUGGUGCUCGCGGCGAGGUCGCGAGGUAGUGGCCACCGGGUUGCUGCUCGUGUUCUGCGUCGGCUCCAUUCUUGUGCUCAGCCACGUGCUGGGGGUCGCGAACCUCCGGCGGCCCGCACCCGACGCCGCCGGGGAGCUGGCCAAGCCGCCGCUGUACCCGGCCGCGGAGCAGCUCCUCGACCUUCCCCACUUCAGCUACCUGCUCAACGCGGACCCGUGUGAGGACGAGGACGUUGAAGGCGUGCUCAUCGUCACCUCCCACGCCGGCCACGUGGAGCUGCGCAGCGCCCACCGCCGCGCGUACCCGCGCGUGGACCUGCUGGGGCUCGGGCUGCGCCGGGUGUUCCUGCUCGCCCGGCAGCCGCAGCACCAGGACGACGCCGACCGGGACGCCCGCGCCCUGCGCGACGAGGGGCGGCGCUUCAAAGACAUCGUUCAGGGCGACUUCGUGGAGGCGUACCGCAACCUGACCUACAAGCACACCAUGGGCCUGCUGUGGGCGACGCGCUACUGCCCGCAGGCGCGCCUCGUCAUCAAGAUGGACGACGACAUCGUCGUGGACCUCUACCAGUUCGUGGACGUCGUCAAGAAGCAUCAGCAGCAGCGGCGACACCAGGAGGCAUGGAUGUUCGGCUACGUGCUCCGCGGGCUGCAGCCGUCCCGUGAGCCGGCCAACAAGUGGUUCGUGACGCGGGCCGAGUACGCGGGCGACGCGUACCCGGACUUCGUGUCGGGGUGGUUGUACGCGGCGCCGGCGGCGGUGGCGCGCGCCCUGGCGGCCGCUGCGGCCCGCUGGACGGCCCGGGCCGGCUACUUCUGGAUCGACGACCUGCUGCUGACCGGGAUGGUGCGCGAGACGCUUGGCGCCGGGGGACUCGGCGGCGUGCAGCUGCACGACGCGCGCGAGCUGUACACCGUGCACCCGGAGGUGAUCCACUGCUGCCUCGCCGAGCCGGACCUGCGCUGCGACGUGCUCGUCGGGCCCAACGGCGGCGACAACGACCUCAUCGUCAGGCUCGCGGCGCACGCGGCCCGCUGCCACUUCGGCCAGUCCUGCCGCGACCGGCCGGCGCACCGCCGCGUGGAGCGGGCGUGCGUGGUGCGCGCGCAGCAGGCGGACGAGCGCCUGCCGCAGGACAGCGCGGGCCCCGGCCGUGCCGUCGGCCAGGCGAGGCAGGUCCGCAUGUUUUGACGCCCCGGGCCGGCCGGGCCGUCCGGCCCCGGCGGCGACACGACGCGGCCUGAUGAUGAUGCGUGCAGAAAUGGAAUGGCCCUUCACGUCCGGGUUGGUCGGGUCGGGUCGAGCUGACCCUGAAUGGUCUGGCCCUAGUCGUCGUCGCGUUGAGUGCCCUGUGCCAGUACGGCCGCCGCCGGGCCGGGCGGGGCCGGGCCGGGCUGGAGAUGAUUGGGAUAAGAAUAGCGCGCUGCUCGCGUCCUCCUGCGCCGCCCCCGCCCGGCCUGGCCCGACACAAUUGGACCGAGCAGGUUUCUCUAGUCACAAAGGAGACGGGGGGUGCGCGACUGACCCGCUGACGUGCGAGCUUCGCGCACUCGCGUCACUGGGUCGCCAUUAUACGUCUGUGAUAUCGUGAGCAAUAAACUUGCCUUUUAUA